UGUGUUUGUAUCAUAACUGCUGUAAAUCCAGCUAACACCAUAGUCGCUGUUUCUACCUCAGUAACUGCAUGUAAAGUACUCACAUGCCAGUACAGUGUAGGGUGCGGUACAAGCUGCUUUGUGCAAAGUUCUGGUGAUAAUGUAAAGUCCCCUGGAUUCCCAGGCUCGCUCCCUCUUUGUACACCCCAGAACAAAGUAGUUUCCCCUGGCUCUGGGAUGCCUUCAUCCACUCUUCCUCCAACUCCCUCCGUAUAUACACCAGAUACAAGCCAUGCCACUUAUUCACCCUCCCAGUCCAACAGGAAGGACUCCCCCCUCCCCCAGCAGGGGUUGUUAGAACGAUGCAACAUGACAGAGCUUCAUGAAGCUGUAGCUCUGGGCGAUUACGAUUUAGUGAAUGAGCUUCUGAAAAAAGGGCUUUGUGAUGUGAAUUACAAAGAUACGGACUGGAAUGACAGGACACCACUACACUGGGCUGCUGCUAAAGGGCAAUCGGAGAUGGUAAAACUACUUGUGCAGCAUGGCGCUCGCCUUUGCUUGAGAACUGACGUGGGUUGGACUCCAGCUCAUUUUGCGGCUGAGUCAGGAAGACUAGGUGUGCUAAGGACUCUUCAUUUUUUGCAUGCCACCAUCGAUGCAGCAGAUCUCUAUGGGGACACUCCGAGAAGGAUUGCAGAAAUCUACGGCCACAAAGAUUGUGCGAAGUUCUUAGAAAUAGCUGAGGUGGAGUGCAGGGACUAUCAUUUGGUGGCAGGAUUGAAAGGAAUUCAACUGGACCAGACAGAUGAAGACUGGGAACUCAAGAAAGAAGAGCUUGAGAAAAAUACACCCUGUGCUCAAGCGAAAUAUACACGCUCUACUCAAAAGAAAAACAGAGGAAAGAAUGUGAAAUAAUAGUAUCUUCAGAUUCCUUUGAACUAGGGAAAGUCAUAGAGAGCUAGUCAAAGACACUAACAGACCCCAGAUACAUCUGGAGUAUGAAACAUAUACUAAGUGUUUGUCUACAUGGUGCUUUUGUCCAUGUCAGAGGAGUAAAUUGUAGUCUACACGAGCAUGCUGCGUGCUAACUGGCUUGUGUGCGCCCUGCUGGCAUGCACCGAAAGUUCUCUGGUGUGCAUUAAUGUAGCCCUGUUUCAGACAGGCCUAUGUUAAUGUGAGAACUUUUAGUAUGCGCCACGAGGGUCCACGUAGAUCAGUUAGUGCAUGACACACUAGUGGGGUCAAAAAUAGACACCCCUCUGGUAUGAAUUAAAGAAUUGUUUAGAGGAGACCUAAGAGAAAAAACAUAUUGUCUGUGCAGUGGGUUGUACAUAUGGCAAUUAAUGGGAAGUGGCUAGAAGUAGUGGAUCUAUCUAUCGUGACAAAGUCAAUCCUGACAGACAGAGUGGUGGGGGGCAGAUAUAUCAGCCCUUGGAUGGUGAAGGUCCUGUUCCCUAUGAGCUGAAAAAGGGUUACCUCAGGUUAAGGCCAGUUAAAGGCUAUCAGUGACCUUACGACCCCUUCUGGGGAGAGUGAGGAGGGGAGAGAUGAGAGACAGGCUGCAACGGGGUAGUGGCACCACCAGAAAGGAAAGGCUUCGUGGAAGGCUGUCUCUUCUCCCAAUAGGAAAAGGAACUGAGUUAACAGCUGCCUGGGGGAAGGACUGGCAAAGAGGAGCCAGCGUAGCUGGGUAACACCAGGGAGAGGGGGCAGGGACAUGUAUUCCUGUUUCCCUUGUGAGUUUGGGGAUUUUUUUUUUUUUUUUUGCUUAAGAGAACUUGUUGGGCCUACCCUGAGGCCUACCAUGUAAAUAAGGAAAAAUAAAACCAGAGUGAAGAGAAAAACCCUCCAGAGUCAGACUGAUCUACUCCAGGCCCUGCCACUGAGGCCAAUGAGGUGAAGGAGGUACCCUGCAAUACUAUCGAUCUAAUCUAAUGAGCUAUCUAAUCUAUCUAAUGAUCUAUCCUAUCUAUCUAGGGAAGAGGUUCCAAAAUCUGGAGAUUUCAUGCAAAUAUCUUAAUCCUAUAAUUCAGUGAAUAUGCAUGAUCACAUUGACAUAAAUGACAGGAAUGUGCCUCUCCUCCCCAUGCUCUGCCUGGGGGUGUGUGACGGGGAGUGGGGGGAGAACCAGAUAGAGACUCCAAAUGGUAGAAGCAGAAGCAGCCUUGGCAGAAGGGACAGCUGGCACCAUGCCAUCCCUAAGUGUGCCUCUAAACCCAGAACUUUGUAUGGAAGACCCCGACCUUGAGGCAUGAGGGCCCAGGUGGUGCCUGAUUCUGAGUAGGAGGAUAAUUCUCCAUCCUGCCCUGGAGUUAGUUAUGAGCGGCUAUCACUGUGGGUAAGUUUGUUUCAUCAAGCUGGGUUUGUGUUCAAUCUCAUGUGCGGCUCUGGUCAAAGAAGUAACAAUGUUAGGACACAGAUGAAAUGGAAGAGUGAAUAUUACAGAGAAUAGUCUAGUGGCUUCAGGUAAAUCAAUGGUGUGGCCUCAUCUGAAAUACUGUGUGCAGAAUUGAUCUCCCCAUCUGAAAUAAGAUAUUGCAGAACUGAUGGGGGUUUGGACAUGAUCAACAGGGAUGAUGGAGGGAUUGGAAAAUCUCUAACAUGAAAGAGAUUGUAAAGAUUGGGAUUGUUUACUGUAGAAAAGAGAGGAAUAAGGUUGGGGGGACAUGACAAAAGUAUAGAAAAAAUGACUGUACUAGACAAUGGACAUCAGAAGCUUCUGUUCUCCAUGUCUCAUAACACAUGAACCAGGGGACAGUCAAUUCAAUUAAAAGGUGAGAUAUUCCAAACCAAUCAAAGGAAAUAUUUUUCUACACAUCACAUCAUUAAACUAUGGAACUCAUUCCCACAGGAAGUUGUUGAGGCCCAGAACUUAGCAAGACUCAGAAAGGGAGUGGCCAUUUGUAUGGGUAUCAAGAAUACACAGUGUGCUCAUAGCUAAUGAUAAUACCAAUGUUGAGGCAGGAAUAUCAAACCUCAUGCGUUAGCCAAUCUCUAAAUAUUGGGGUGUGUUUGGA